AUGACAGCAAUGAAAGAGAAGAACAUCCGGCAUAUGCUUUUAUUCCCCCUGGGAGCAGCAUACUCUGCAGCAAUGGCUGUAAGACACACAAUACUUCCUACGUCCAGCGAACUCGUCAAUAGCUUAUUCUCAGUAUGCAAUUACUCUGCUAUUGUUCUAAUUAUACUCGCAGCUAUUUUUGCGUCAAAACGAACCCCCCUGGAUAAACUGCAAAAAAUAUACGGCUCUGUUUUCAUUGGGGCUUCUUUCUAUCUGUUCCUACACAGACUCAGCGCCUCUCCCAUCCUAGCACGCAUUGCCAUAUUCGCACAGAACUAUCUUUGCCUGUACUUCGUGGUUGGGUCUAUUUUCAUGUGGGACUCUCUCCCUUUUAUCUCGAUCCUUUCCAAAGAGCUGUCUCCAAACACGCACUGGGACUUUAAGCUUGGAUACUUUGUCUUGAACAUAUCGAUAUACUCCACACACACGUACUCCCUGCACUUUUUCAACAGCCAGCUGGAUCUUCCUGUGGCAGACUAUGGGUUCUUUGGGUGCAUGUCCAUAUUCUACAUCGCAAACACGAUUAUAGGCCCAAUUGCCGAAAGACACAAUGCAACCAAGAAGGCUACCCUGCUGUUUUCCUUCCUCUCUGCGUUGGUCUACACUUUUUUCAUUGUGAUAAGAGCGUUCAAGGAGCAGCUUAGCGGACUGUUCACUAUCUGCAGCGUGUUCUCUCUCUACGUGAUUAUUCUCUCUCCUAUAUUCCCACUGUACGAUGUUCUAGUUAUGCACCAUCUUUCCAAGGAGUACAGAGAGCUCGAGAAAACAGAGAGAAAGGAAAUAUUCACAAGAAUAAGAAUGUGGGCAUCCAUUGGCCAUGCCAUGUCAGGCAUUGUCAUAUCGUACAUCUACAAGACCCUAGACAUGUCCAAUGGAGUAGCCAAGAAAGACGACUCGUCCCUGCAGUUCUUCAUUCUGAUAGCUGUAGUAAUUAUCAGCACAGCGAUGUUCAUACACAUUGUCAACUCCUCACUAGAAGAGAAAACAGAUGCAGUCAGCACGCAGGCUAAACAAAAGACAGAAGAAGAGAUAGCAGUGGAAAAGACAGUAUUGCUGGAAGAGACAAUAGUUAAACAGGCAAUGGAUGAUGAGAUAGUCAAGCAGACAGUAUUAAUAAGCCAGGAGACAAUAUCAGCAGCGAAGAAAACAGAAGAAUUCGCAGAUCAAAAAACAGAGAAAAAUCAAAAAGAUAAUGCAACAGACAGCGAGAGAACAGUCAGAAUAGAGAGUAGAGCAGAUGGAAAGGAUGGCACGGAAGGAGCACAGAGUGAUAAGCCACAGAACCUUCUCAAAAGCGGUAACUUUUGGUUCCUUGGGUUUGUUAUUGCAGCCAUUGGAGCCACCCGUGGGAUCUCUUCUCAUUUCCUUGUCACUUAUCUCUCCGUGUAUUUCGAUGUUAAGUUUUCGAAAGUCACCUCCAUCCUGUGCAUACGAACAUUCAGUGAGAUGUGCAUACUCUACUACAGCAAGCACCUUCUGAAGUACUUUGGAUACUACUGGCUCCUUCUGUUCUCUCUGCUCGCUGCUACCCUGAGAGACUUCAACUACUCUUUACUUCCUACCAAUAACACUAUUUUAUUCGCAACAGCCAACGAAGUCCUGAAAGGCAUCAGCUCUUCCUGUCUUACUUUCAGUGCAGUGAACAUUGUUGACGAGCUCGCUGAUCACAAUAACAAGGCGCUGGCACAGACCUUCUACAGCGGAGUGUACAAUGGAAUAUCCAUCCUUCUGUCUUCUAUUAUGAGCAUAUGCAUUAUUCGCGUAUUCAGAGACUUUAGAUCCCUUUUCCACGUCUCCUCUACCAUUGGAUUCAUCUGCUCCUGCAUUGUCAUCGUAAAGUAUGGAUUUAUAGACAACAAGCUGACACUUAGAAGAAGAGUCAAAUAA